CCCACUUCCGCCAGGCGCGAUUUUGGCGUCCAGGGCGGGCGCGCACAUGCGCAGUAGUGAGCGCCUCCAGCGGCUAAGGUUCCUCGGUCCCUUUUCUCUCAACUUUCACUUAAUCCUCGCGUCUCUCUCAAUCAGUUUGAUUUCAGUACUCUAGCCAGUGACCUGGAAUGUAAGUCACUCCCUUAACCAGCCGCCGCGCUCCGCCUUCCGUCUGAGGAGGCUCCGCCCAGCAGCGCCAUCCUCUCGCGAGGCCUCGCCUCUCGCGGUACUUCCGCGCUCCCAGCACCCUCCGCGCGAGGCGACGCUCUCUCGUCAGCUCGGCCUCGGGGCGCGCCCUGCACCCUGCCCAAGCUUCUGUCCCAGGUCGGUCGCUCAGUGUCCACGGAACAUGACGGCUCCCGAGCCGCCGCUGCUGCUGUCCAGAGGGUGCCCGAGCUCCACCGCGCUUUCCCCGCCGCGAGGAGACCGAACCCUACUGGUCCGGCACCUGCCGGCCGAGCUGAGCGCCGAGGAGAAGGAGGACCUGCUCAAGUACUUCGGGGCGCAGGCGGUGCGCGUCCUGUCGGACCAGGGGCGGCUGAAGCAUACAGCUUUUGCUACUUUCCCCAGUGAAAAGGCAGCAAUAAAGGCACUGACCAGGCUCCACCAACUGAAACUUUUAGGUCAUACUUUAGUUGUUGAAUUUGCGAAAGAGCAAGAUUGCGUUCAUUCUCCUUGUCCCCCUUCAGGCUCUGAAAAAAAGAAAAAGUCUGAUGAUCCUGUAGAAGAUGAUAAAGAAAAAAAAGAAUUUGGUUGUUUAACAGUAGAAAAUGGAAUUGCACCAAACCACGGGCUGACUUUUCCUCUCAAUUCAUGCCUCAAGUAUAUGUACCCCCCACCUUCCAGCGCAAUCCUGGCCAACAUAGUAAAUGCUUUAGCAAGUGUGCCUAAGUUCUAUGUGCAGGUGCUUCACCUUAUGAAUAAGAUGAAUUUGCCCACACCUUUUGGACCAAUUACUGCACCACCUCCCAUGUAUGAAGACUACCUGCCGCUGCACGCGCCUCUUCCACCUGCCUCUCCUCAGCCGCCAGCAGAACCCCCAUUGCCUGAGGGAGAUGAGGAGCUGUCUAGCCAGGAAUCGGAGUACAAGAGCAGUGAUGAGGAGGACCGGCAGAGAAUGACCAAGCUAAUGGAACUAGCAAAUCUUCAGCCCAAGAGACCAAAGAUGAGAAAGCCAUGCCAUGUGAGGAAGAAACAAAAAAUAAAGCAUAUGUUAGCUACCUCUUUGUCCACUUCACACAGCAGUUUACAUCCUGUGCUAUUACCUUCAGAUGUAUUUGAUCAACCACAACCUGUAGGCAGUAAAAGAAUUGAAUUCCAUAUAUCUGCUGACAUGCCAAAUGUAUUUAAUAAAGAUUCACCGAAAGAACAAAAUUAUGAGGAAAAAAAUUGUGAUUUACCUGCCACUGAAGUGGAAUCGUCCAGUGUAGGAUUUGGAAAAAUCUUCCCCAAACCUAAUUUGAAUGUCACAGAAGAGACUAAGGAAGACUCUGAUGAAAUGCCCUCGGAGUGUAUCUCUAGAAGGGAGUUGGAGAAAGGCCGAAUUUCUAGAGAAGAAAUGGAAACACUUUCAGUGUUCAGAAGUUAUGAACCUGGUGAACCCAACUGUAGAAUUUAUGUAAAGAAUUUAGCUAAACAUGUUCAAGAAAAAGACCUUAAGUUCAUUUUUGGACGAUAUGUAGACUUCUCAUCAGAAACACAGCGGAUCAUGUUUGAUAUCCGUUUGAUGAAAGAAGGUCGCAUGAAAGGACAAGCUUUCAUAGGACUUCCAAAUGAAAAAGCAGCAGCGAAAGCCCUGAAGGAAGCAAACGGAUAUGUUCUUUUUGGAAAACCCAUGGUGGUUCAGUUUGCUCGAUCUGCCAGGCCAAAGCAAGAUUCUAAAGAAGGAAAAAGGAAGUGUUAAAAACUACUAAAGAAGCAUUCCUGCGUACAUUCCGCUGUAGCACUGUCAUGCAGAGUGUAUCCUUUCUUGUUGUAUCCUUUUUGGGGCAGUGUUUUGUUCUGCUUUGUUUCCUAGAAAUGUUUCAUCCCUAUUCUGUGCAUUGGUCUAGGAUAAAAAAAAAAUUUUGUAGUGUGCAAAUGAAAUGUUUCUAAAACUAUAUAGCUUGAAAGAAUCUUCCUUUUUUUUUAGAUUUGUUGUUGAAUUUUCUUUUCUGUCAUUAGGUUGUAGUUUUCCCAGGAAAGUUAGUGAAUCAGGUCAACUUAUGGAGAGAAUGUGUGCAUUUGCUUCAACGCAUAAUGUGAUCUUGUACUUCUAUUUAUGUGUUGGGUAAAUUUAAUUCAGUAACAUAUGGUUUCUAUCUUAGGAUAUAUCUAAUUUGCACAUUUUGUACAACGUUCAAGUGGGAAAACAAAUUAAUUGCCUUUCGAAAAAACAAUACUGAAAGUUAAAAUAAUUUUACAUAUAAAUCCCAAAUUAAGUAGCAGACCUCACUUUUGAAGUUCUAAUUGAAAUUUCUGUUACCAUAGAUAGCAAAUAAAGUUUUUUACAGAAACCAAGAGAAGGGUAAGAACAGAAAUAACAAGAUAGACGAUACACUGUUGAUUUUGCGUAGCUCAGUGGUGCUGGAGGAACAGGGAUGCCCAGUCUGAUUACAGAAUUACCCAUAUCAGUGCUUCUCGAGCUUGGCUGUGCCUUGGAAAGGCCUGGGAACUUGGAGACAAGCAACAAAAAUUAAAAUAUGUUGUUAGGUUCCUUCCACCGAGAGCAGGUACUGAAUUGUAUUGGUCUGGAAUGUAGCUUCCGUUUUAAAAUUUUUCAGACUUCUCUAAGUGAUUCUAAUGUGGAGUCAAACUGGAGAUUUAUACAGAUUCCUAGACCCAUCCUUAAAGUAAUUAAGAGGAAUCUCUGGGAAUAGGAAUCUCCAAGAAUCUAAUUUGAAAAAGUUUCUUUAGUAAUUAAGGAUAGUUUAGAUACUGUUUUGUUGACACAAAAUUGAUGAAAUGAUUAUUAUCACCUGUAACUAAAAAAGUUUAUAGAUAGAAGAAUAGCAGAGUUCUUGAUAAACACAAUUAAAAUGUUUUAUUUAUCCAUGUUACAGAUUAGCUCAUAAUAAAGCAUUUAUAUAAUAUAUGCUGACAUGAUUCACUAAUUUUCUAAAUAUAAGCUUUAGUCAUUUUCAAACUGAUAAACUUUUGUAAUAAUGAUUAUUUUUAAUGAGCUUUUAUGGUAUUUUAGGUUUUUCCUGAGUUCCGUGUCUUUCAAGUUCUUUCCAACCUUGAGAAGAAAUUGACUACUUGGACGAUGGAACUGUGCGUAACAGCUUUAAAAGUAUAUUUAAAAAUUAAAUCAGUUUAUUGGAAAUAUAUUAUAACUUUCACACUGAUAUGCCUCAUAUAAUAAAUUAUUUUCUUUCUGAUAAAAUAG